CGCCACAAUGCAGAGCCUUUCGAGCUCUUCUUGAGCGUGGCUGCGCCCUCCCCCUCUCCAGCACACCACGGGGCGAGGAGGGCCACCCAGUUAGUGUUUUCUGGCCGGCCGCGGCAUGCGUUUCUGCCGCCAUCCGCUCUCGUAAGGCCGGCUGCAAAACAGUGGACGCCAUGGAGCUGUAGCGGCUGUUUCCGGCAGCCCCCUCUCGUUGCAUUCUUUCCGUGAGUUUGGAGCGUGAUAAGAUAAUGUACCAGGGGCGGCAGGGUUACCCAUCGGAGGAGGUGGAGGGCAUGUUCACGUCUCGGGAUUGCCGUGAGGUGGGGUUCCAGUUCCUCACCCAGUUUUUCCACACUCUUCAGCGCCGCCCCCAUCACCUGCAUAAGUUCUUCAAAGGUGCGCACCUGCAGGAGGAGGAUGGGUGUGUGGACCCAGCUGCACGUGGCUGUGUUGUGUGCUGCGACUGUGCGUCAGAUAAUUCGGUGAUGGUCUGGACGCGCGAGGCCAGCGACGACCCUCCGGCGACCCCUUCGCCGGCACGAGGCAAGGCGGCCAUCAGCCAGUCCAUCAAGAGCCACUCCAUCCUGUCGCGCUGCUGCCGUGCCAAGAUAUCCACCGUCGACUUCCACAAACACACCCACCACGCGUCGACGGCCAGUGGAGAGGAGGAGGGGGAGGAGGACCAGCACCCCCUCCCGGCCGGCAUCGAGCACGUGGUGGUGUUCUGCAUGGGUUGGCUGUGGUUGCCGCCCAAGAGCAGCACCACCACCACAACGCUGCAGUCCAACGGCUCCGACCGCACGUACCAGCGGUUCUGCCAGACCUUCUACCUCAGCCCCGAGCAGCUCCCUGACUACCUCAGCUACUACGUCAAACACUCCCACUUCUGCGAGUUCGCCGACGCCAGUGGCCCACAGGACGACCACAUCACGGGAGCCGAUAGCAAGAAGCUCUUCCUCACCAAGGCCCUGCAGCAGGAGGCUGGCGAGCUGGACGAGCCGAAGAAGGGGGCCAAGGGCGAGGGGCAGCAGCAGGAGGGGCAGGGGGAGGGGCAUGAGGGGCGGCGGAAGCUGCCGGAUGACUAUAUCGAGGGCUGGAUGGGCGGGCCGCUCCGGGACGGUUUCCACAUACCGUUCCACGAACCCCACUACGAUAGUCAGGAGGAGGGGGGCAACCAUAACGAGACGCAGGAGCGGGGCGAGGACGUCAAGGUGGGGACCAGCGCCAUCACACCCGCACCCAAAUCUGUCGUCAACCACCCCCGUAAGCUAAGCUGCCACACACGCCCGCAACACACACACACGUAUCACACACAUGCGCUCCUUCAUCUGUCACAUUCAUUUAUGGGGGUCUUGUUUGUGCGUCUCCCUCUUUCCUCAGCAGCAGCAGCGGCUGCUCAGCGCAGCUCGUAUCGCGCCGCGUUGGAGGCUCCCCACCGCCACCAGAGCCCCAAUCCCAUCCGCCCCAACACCAGCAACCAGCAGCAGCAGCAGCGUAACCGUACCAGGGACGAUAUCAACGUCCGCCAGGGCGGUCAGUACCGCGGCGGCCCUGAUGCCAGUGGAGGAUAUGGGCGCACCGGCGGCGGCGGCAUGGGUGCGGGGGCGGGGGCGGGGGCGGGGGCGGGUGCUGGUGGUGGGCGGGGUGAGCAGACGCUGUGGGUGUCGGGGCUGGAUAAUCUGGACGACAAGCAGCUGCAGAAGGAGUAUGCCGUUCUCCAGGAGCAGCACGGGGGCGGUGGCGGUGGGGGUGGCGGGGAGAUGCUCAUCCUGCGGCAUAAGGGCAGCGCGGGCUUCCUCUGGUUCGCGCGCAAGGCGGAUGCACGGCUGGUGAUGCAUCGCGGCCUCCCAUCCCUCGCCGCCAAAAGCUGCAGGAUCGACUGGAAGAUCGGCGGAGACUACGAUUUCGACUUCAAUCCCAAGCGCAAACCCAAGAACCAGCACCAGCACCAGCACCACAACACACACCAGCACCCCAGUACACAGCAGCAGCAGCAGGAGGGCCUCGCCAGCGAUCCCCCGACCACCCAGAUCCAUCAGCAGCACCAGCACCAGCAGCAGCAGCAGCAGGCGCCGUCGCCCGGCACACAGCAGAAGGGGCGGCGCGCGAACGUGACUAAGGGAGAGCCACGCAACAAGCGACAGGCCCGUGACGCGGAAUAAAGAAAUAG